AUGGAGCGCUGGACCGAGUCGGCGGCCGCCGGCAGCGGCGCUUCAGUGGCACGCUCAGCCGGCCCUCCCGCUCCUGUGCGCUGCUCCUCCGGCUCCGCGUGCGCGGUCACCAUGGCGUCCAGUGAGGAAGACGGCACCAACGGCGCCUCCGAGGCCAGCGACGAGAAGGAAGCCACCGGCAAGCGGAGACGCCUAGGCUUCCUGGCCACCGCCUGGCUCACCUUCUACAAUAUCGCCAUGACCGCCGGGUGGUUGGUUCUAGCUAUUGCAAUGGUACGCUUUUAUAUGGAAAAAGGAACACACAGAGGUUUAUAUAAAAGCAUUCAGAAGACACUUAAAUUUUUCCAAACAUUUGCUUUGCUUGAGGUAGUCCACUGUCUGAUUGGAAUCGUACCCACUUCUGUGCUUGUGACUGGGGUCCAAGUGAGUUCACGAAUCUUCAUGGUAUGGCUCAUUACUCACAGUAUAAAACCCAUCCAGAACGAAGAGAGCGUGGUGCUUUUUCUGGUCUCCUGGACUGUGACCGAGAUCACUCGCUAUUCCUUCUACACAUUCAGUCUCCUCGACCACUUGCCGCACUUCAUUAAAUGGGCCAGAUACAAUUUUUUUAUCAUCUUAUAUCCCGUUGGAGUUGCUGGAGAGCUUCUCACGAUAUACGCUGCGUUGCCUUAUGUAAAGAAAUCAGGGAUGUUUUCAGUAAGGCUUCCUAACAAGUACAACGUGUCUUUCGACUACUACUAUUUUCUUCUCAUAACCAUGGCCUCGUAUAUACCGCUGUUUCCUCAGCUCUAUUUUCAUAUGUUACGUCAAAGAAGAAAGGUGCUUCAUGGCGAGGUGAUCGUAGAGAAGGACGAUUAAAUGGUCCCUACAAACAAGGUGCUUUUUUCAGAAAAACCGGAUUACUUGAGUCCAAGUUUUAAUAAUAAGAAUAAACAACUUCAUGAAAUACCA